AUGGCGGCGGCGACGGAGGAAGAAGGCGGCGCUGCUGAGGGGGGCGGCGGCGGCGGGGGCGGCGGGGGCGUCGCGGGGCUGUGGGUCCCGGUGGCGCUGCUGGCGGUGGCGGUGGCGGUGGGGGCCUACCGGCUGUGGGGGCGCCCGGCCGGGGCGGGGGCCGGGAUGUCCUCCUCCUCCUCGUCGUCGUCGUCGUCGUCGUCGUCGUCGUCCCCGUCCGCCUCCGACGACGCCGCCGCCGCCGCCGCCCUGCCCCGCAUGAAGCGGCGCGACUUCACGCUGGACCAGCUGCGGCAGUUCGACGGGCGCGGGGGGCCGCGCCUCCUGCUGGCCGUCCACGGAAAGGUCUUCGACGUCUCCAAGGGCAACAAGUUCUACGGGCCCGCGGGCCCCUACGGCAUCUUCGCCGGGCGCGACGCAUCGCGGGGCCUGGCGACGUUCUGCCUGGACAAGGAGGCCCUCAGGGACGAGUACGACGACUUGUCCGACCUCAAUCCCGUGCAGAUGGAGAGCGUCCGCGAGUGGGAGAUGCAGUUCAAAGAGAAGUACGACUACGUGGGCCGGCUCCUGAAGCCCGGGGAGGAGCCCUCCGAGUACACGGACGAGGAGGACACCAAGGAUCACAGCAAACAGGAGUGAACUCUGUCCGCAACCAAAGCCCGGGCCCUCCGGGGUCUCCCCCUCCCCGCGGCAGCCACAAAUCGGCGGGGGGAUCCCCACCCCCCCAGCGAGAGGCCGGGCCGAGGGGCGACUCCUCGGAGGAACUGGGGGGCCCCGGGGUUCUGACCCUUUUUUCUUUUUCUUCUUUGGUGUAAAAAAAAACAAUCCCCCCCCCCCCCCCCACGCCCCCGAAAACGAAACAAACAAAAACACCCCAACGCAUUUAAACGAGCCACCGAAGCUAGCGGUGUUACCUUUAGUCUGUGCUGCACCCUCCGAUUGUGGGGGGGCAUCUUUCCCCCCCGAUAUUCCAAAGCGGGCCGGCGGAGACACCCCCUCCCCCGGCCGGUGGGCGCGGGCGAAGCCCCCCGAGAGGAGAUGUUGCGUUCCCAGAGCCCUCUGCUUCCGGUGUCCCCUCCGCCCCUCCCCAACGUCCAAUCGGUAUUAAUCGUGCCUUAUUUCACCUAUGUAGACUUGAAUUGUUUUAAGGCAAAGGCCCCCCGCUUCCCCGUCCCCCACCCUCCCCUCCCUCCCCCCAAGUCACUACAAGCAGCCCGGGAGUGACGGGAGCGCGUCAUCCCCUCGGCAGGCCCGGAGGCCUGCCCGGGCGUGGCGGCCAAGGGAGGGGACUGCCUCAGUGUUACUGCCGUAUCUGUCGAUACACAAGGACUUCACCCGCCUCGGAACGGCCAAAAGCAAUCUCGCCCCACCCCCCCCCCCGCCGCUCCCUUUACGUGAGUUUUCGUGUCGGUUUUUUUUUUUUUGUUGUUGCCGUUGUGUUGUUUUUUUUUUCUAAAUAAUCAAAAACAAAAAAAGAACCUGUCAUCCAAAGCCGCCGCCUCGCUUUGGGGUCUGUGACCCCCUCCUCCCCUCCCCACCCCAACCUUCACAUCUCCUGGAAUGGAAUCGAGCUGGG